UGUGGAGGCGGCUCAAAGUCCUGCUGACCGUCAUGAGCUCCGUCAGUGCGCCUCUGUGCUCCUGGAUGGACUGCAGCAGUGUCUGAAACUCUCGGGCUGCGGGAAACCUCACUGAAGCAGCUGAAGCGGCGAUCAUGACGGAGGAGCAGGAGAAGUCCGGCGCGGAGCCGCCGUGCAGUCCAGCCGGCUCAUGCAGCUCCAUGUCCCCGGAGGAGUCCGACUCUGACGCGCCCGCAUCCCCCGCGGCGCUCAUGAUCACGAAGCUGGAGCGCGAGGACGAGCGCUUCCCCGUGUGCAUCCGGGACGCGGUGUCCCAGGUGCUGAAGGGCUACGACUGGUCCCUGGUGCCCAUGCCUGCGCGGGGCAGCGGCGCGAUCAAGAGCAAGCCGCACGUCAAGAGACCCAUGAACGCGUUCAUGGUGUGGGCUCAAGCCGCGCGCAGGAAGCUGGCGGAUCAGUAUCCGCACCUGCACAACGCCGAGCUCAGCAAGACCCUCGGAAAACUCUGGAGGCUGUUGACGGAGAAUGAAAAGAGGCCGUUUGUGGAGGAAGCCGAAAGACUGAGAGUUCAGCACAAGAAAGAUCACCCGGAUUACAAAUACCAGCCGAGGCGACGAAAGAGUGUGAAGCCCGGUCAGAGCGAGCCUGAGCCCGGCGCAGAUCUGACCCCACACAUGUAUAAAGCUGAAGUUGGGAUGGGCCGAUUGCCGGGACCAUCGGAUCACAUCACCGAUCAUACAGGCCAACCUCAUGGACCCCCGACGCCCCCUACAACGCCCAAAACGGACCUCCAUCACGGAGGAAAGCCAGACCCUAAGCAUGAAGGCAGGCGUCUGCUUGACGGCACGCGACAGAACAUCGACUUCAGCAACGUUGACAUCUCAGAGCUCAGCACAGACGUCAUCAGCAACAUGGAGGCCUUCGACGUGCACGAGUUCGACCAGUACCUGCCUCCGAGCGGCCACUCCGGAGCCGCUCCAGACGGACAGAGCACCAGCUCCUACGCCUCGCCCUACAACCACCCUGCCAGCAGCGGGGCCUCCUGGAGCCGCAAGGGGCCCGUGGCGUCCUCGCCGCCCGGCACGAGCGAAGCCAGCCAGCACAGAGCUCGCAUUAAAACUGAGCAGCUGAGCCCGAGCCACUACAGCGAGCACUCGCCCGAGUACGGCGUUUACAGCACUCACGGGUCUUCGGCUGCCUCUGCCUCAUUCACCAGCGACUAUACAGACCUUCAGAGCUCCGGCUACUACGGCCCAUACGCCAGCUACCCAUCCGGUCUCUACCAGUACCCCUACUUCCAUUCCUCACGGAGGCCAUACGGGAGCAACAUCCUCAACGGCCUGUCCAUGCCGCCCUCCCACAGUCCCUCCGCCAGCUGGGAUCAGCCGGUUUACACCACGUUAUCCAGGCCGUGAGGCCCGGGCACUCCGUGCUUUGUCCCUUACUAUUAUGAAAGGAAGUCACCAUGAUUUUGCCGAAUUAGACACAUUCCUGCAUGGGGUUGGGAAUCAAAAAUCAAUUCCGAUUCCAGAAUCUGAUAAUUUAGGUCAGGAAUACUUCUGAUAUCAAUUGAAAUUGCCCUUACCAAUUCCUGUGUGCACAUCUUUCUUUUUUUAAAAAGGGGGUGUUGAGAAUGUAGCUAUUUGUCUUUGAGUCAUUCAUUCAAGAGAUUCGUUCAAAAUCACUGAUUCAUCCAGUAAUGAAACAAGUGAAACUUGAGUGAGUCGUUGAAUCGUUUCAUUCAUAAAUUCCUUUAGAUUUUGUUUAGUUGUCAUUUUUUUCUUCAGAAUUGUGAGAGAACUAAAAAAAACACUAAUUUGUCCAGAAUCGUGCCGCUCUAUUUUGCACGCAAACAGCUCUUAGUCGAGACCAUUUGGGAUUUAGCAUGGGAUUUAGCAGCGAUUCAAUGUUUUUGCAAAAAUAAUAUGUUUGGUAUCUAAAUGUUGGACUUAAUUUUUUUUACCACAUUGGAAUCAAAACAGAAUUGAUGAGAAUUAGAAUUGAUCUAAUUUAAAUGAUACUCAACCCUAUUCAUGCAUCAACAUUAUUUUCCUAACUUCUGCCCUACCAAUAAACCUAAACCUACCCAUAAUUUACCCCAAAUUUAGAAGGAAAUGAUAGUUGAAUAACAAGGGUGUAGAAGCACCUAACUCUGGUUGUAAGGCUAAAUCUGACGUUUUCUGUAAAUGUAUCCCUCAAUUCUGAUUGGUUGCUGGAAAUCUUGUUCCAGGAUCAAUGAGGACGUUGAUCAAGGAACAUUUUGCACUCUUGUGAAAUCACGUUCACCAAUGAAGGACAGCACUAGCUGAAGGGGUUUGUGCCUGCUGAUUUUUCGACACAUCAGGACAUUGACGGUUGGUGCUAAACGUGAUGAAUCUGAAGAGCCAGCAGAAAUCCUCUGUGAGGACUGCCGGAUGCUCCAGGAUCGGGACCAAUGAAUAUUCAGGAAGCAUUAGCUUCAUUCAGAAUCUCUUCGGUUAAUCCUUUCUUUUUUAAACUAAAACGUGUUCAUUUUUAACUUGCUGUUUGAUAUAUAUUUAUGUUGUGUCGUCAUUUUUAUCGUUUGUUUCUGUUUUAAAGUACUUACAAAAGCUGAAAGGGUGGAGGGCUGAAAUGAUUUCUAUAAACAGCCAGAUCUUUUUGGACAUUAUUUUUGAAAGCAUUCCUGUGGGGGCGGGGGGUUGAAAAAUAAUAGAAGACAUUAAUUGCUAGCAGGUUUUUUACUGUUAUUUUACGUAUGCAUCAUUUUAGUGAGCACUUUAACACCUCAAAGGCUCUUCGUUUGCAGCAAGCUCAUUAAUAAUCACAUUUUUAACACACUGCCAGUCAUUAAUAUCACGUUUGUUGGCUUGAAUUAAAUCAGUUUUGUUAAUUAUAUAGCAAUCUGUUGAAUAUUUGUAUUACCUUGUAGGUUGUGAAACACAAACACUCAAAACAGAGUUUACUCUACGUUGUUUUAUUCUUGUGUAUAAUUUAAAAAACGACUCGGCUGUGAAUCUUCUCUUUUGUUAACAGGUUCGUUCUUUCUAAAAGCUAACAGCGAUUGCUGGCAAUAUGUGUGGAGGAAAAUAAAUUUAUUUUAAAAAUGAUUGUGUAAACUGUGCUUGUGAGUACCAACUUUCAUAAAGCAAUUGUGGUUAAUUCCUUCUGAUUCCUGUUUUUGUUAAUAAAAAAACACAUUUAUACAG